GAGCGGAGUGCCGCCGGCGCCGCCCGAGCCAGGGCUGCAGACGCGGCUCGUGGAGAACCAGCCCUACGACGAGAGCCUGGACGUGAAUGAGACGGAUGAGGUCGCCAGCAUCUACGCGCCCAGCCCGCCGCAGCCCGGGCUUACAACUCGGCCGACUACGACUACCUGCCCGUCUCCCUGGAGGUGAAAGAACUGUUUCAGUACAUCCGGAGGUAUUCCUCCCAAAUGAUCGACCUGGAGCACAAGCUGAAGCCUUUCAUCCCGGACUUCAUUCCUGCCGUGGGAGACAUCGAUGCCUUCCUGAAGGUUCCACGCCCAGAUGGGAAGAUGGAUAAUUUGGGCUUGUUAGUGCUGGAUGAGCCAUCCACCAAACAGUCGGAUCCCACCGUACUUUCCUUGUGGCUCACCGAGAACUCCAAGCAGCAUAAUGUAGCCCAGCAGGUGAAAGUAAAGAGCCUUGAGAACGCGGAGAAGAACCCUAAAGCCGUGGAGAGCUGGAUUGAGAGCAUCAGUGAACUCCACCGCUGCAAGCCUCCGGCCACUGUCCAUUAUGCUAGGCCAAUGCCCGAUAUAGAUACGCUGAUGCAGGAAUGGACUCCAGAGUUUGAAGAGUUGCUGGGAAAGGUGAGCCUCCCAACUGCUGAGGUUGACUGCAGCUUAGCUGAAUACACAGACAUCAUCUGUGCCAUUCUAGACAUUCCUGUCUACAAGGGUCACAUCCAGCCUCUGCACACCCUAUUCUCACUCUACUCCGAAUUCAAAAAUUCACAGCAUUUCAAGGCUCUGGCUGAGGGCAAGAAGGUUGUCAGCCCCCCCUCCAAUCCACCCUCACAGACUGGAGAGAUAGAUAUUUUAAGUUUCACCUGAGAGCAGAGGUCACAGUUUCCUGCCUCCCGACGUUUAAAUAAAGGUGCUGCUGACCUCAGGGUUAUUUAAGAGAGGUUUCCGGAACCCAUUCCCUUGGAUAAUUCAGUGUGAUAUUUGUGUAAUAAAGUUUUGCUGUAAGUGUU